GGCGGCUCCCCCUCGCCUCCUCCCGGCUCUUACCCGCCCCUUUCGCCCUGGUGGUAGGAAACAUUCCGGUCUUUAACUCGACGUGUCCGGAAAGCUCUGGCCAGUUUUCCUUUCGUUCUGCGGCCGCUGCUGCCAGCCGCGCGGCUCCCUCAGACCGGCGGACGCAGCUGCCGUGGGUGAGGCGCCUGGGGGCCGCGGGCCGAGCGGCGGGGCGCCCCGAGCACCAUGCUGGACCCGUCUUCCAGCGAAGAGGAGUCGGACGAAGGGCUGGAAGAGGAGAGCCGCGAUGUGCUGGUGGCGGCCGGCGGCCCGCAGCGAGCGCCACCGGCCCCGGCUCGCGAAGGGCGGCGGGACGCGCCGGGGCGCGCGGGCGGCGGCAGCGCGGCCAGACCCGUGAGCCCGAGCCCCUCUGUGCUCAGCGAGGGGCGAGAUGAGCCCGAGAGGCAGCUGGAUGAGGAGCAGGAGCGGAGGAUCCGCCUGCAGCUCUACGUCUUCGUCGUGAGGUGCAUCGCGUACCCCUUCAACGCCAAACAGCCCACCGACAUGGCCCGGAGGCAGCAGAAGCUUAACAAGCAACAAUUGCAGUUACUGAAAGAAAGGUUCCAGGCCUUCCUCAACGGAGAAACUCAAAUUGUGGCUGAUGAAGCAUUUUGCAAUGCAGUUCGGAGUUACUAUGAGGUUUUUCUGAAGAGUGACCGAGUGGCAAGAAUGGUUCAGAGUGGAGGAUGUUCUGCUAAUGACUUCAGAGAGGUGUUUAAGAAAAACAUAGAAAAACGUGUGCGGAGUCUGCCAGAAAUUGAUGGCUUGAGCAAAGAGACAGUGCUCAGUUCAUGGAUAGCCAAAUAUGAUGCCAUUUACAGAGGUGAAGAGGACUUGUGCAAACAGUCCAACAGAAUGGCCCUAAGUGCUGUGUCUGAACUGAUUCUGAGCAAGGAACAACUCUAUGAGAUGUUCCAGCAGAUUCUGGGUAUUAAAAAACUAGAACACCAACUCCUUUAUAAUGCAUGUCAGCUGGACAAUGCAGAUGAGCAAGCUGCUCAGAUCAGAAGGGAACUUGAUGGUCGUUUGCAGCUGGCAGAGAAGAUGGCAAAGGAAAGAAACUUCCCCAAAUUCAUAGCAAAAGAAAUGGAGAAUAUGUAUAUAGAAGAGUUGCGAUCUUCAGUGAAUUUGCUAAUGGCCAAUUUGGAGAGUCUUCCAGUUUCAAAAGGUGGUCCGGAAUUUAAACUACAAAAACUAAAACGUUCACAGAAUUCUGCCUUUUUGGACAUUGGAGAUGAGAAUGAGAUUCAGCUGUCAAAAUCUGACGUAGUGCUGUCAUUCACCUUGGAGAUUGUCAUCAUGGAAGUUCAAGGUUUGAAGUCUGUUGCUCCCAAUCGAAUUGUUUAUUGUACAAUGGAAGUGGAAGGAGGAGAAAAACUGCAGACAGACCAGGCUGAAGCCUCAAGGCCACAAUGGGGAACUCAAGGUGAUUUCACCACCACCCAUCCUCGGCCUGUGGUCAAAGUAAAACUCUUCACGGAAAGCACUGGGGUCCUGGCCCUUGAAGAUAAAGAACUGGGAAGGGUGAUAUUAUACCCAACUUCUAAUAGCUCCAAGUCAGCUGAGUUGCACCGAAUGGUAGUUCCAAAAAAUAGCCAGGACUCUGACUUAAAGAUCAAAUUAGCAGUGCGAAUGGAUAAACCACCACAUAUGAAACAUAGUGGGUAUUUGUAUGCCCUUGGACAGAAGGUCUGGAAAAGAUGGAAAAAACGUUACUUUGUUCUUGUUCAGGUUAGCCAGUAUACCUUCGCUAUGUGCAGUUACAGAGAAAAAAAGUCUGAACCACAAGAACUAAUGCAGCUUGAAGGAUACACUGUGGAUUAUACAGAUCCCCACCCAGGCCUUCAGGGUGGACAGAUGUUCUUUAAUGCAGUUAAAGAAGGAGACACGGUGAUAUUUGCCAGUGAUGAUGAACAGGAUAGAAUAUUAUGGGUUCAGGCCAUGUAUAGGGCCACAGGUCAAUCAUAUAAACCCAUUCCUGCGAUUCAAACCCAGAAACUGAAUCCUAAAGGAGGGACUCUCCAUGCGGAUGCUCAGCUUUAUGCAGACCGUUUUCAGAAACAUGGUAUGGAUGAGUUUAUUUCUGCUAAUCCUUGCAAGCUUGACCACGCCUUCCUUUUUAGACUACUCCAGAGGCAGACUUUGGAUCACAGACUGAAUGAUUCCUAUUCUUGCUUGGGUUGGUUUAGCCCUGGCCAAGUCUUUGUGUUAGAUGAGUACUGUGCCCGUUAUGGUGUGAGAGGCUGUCACAGACAUCUCUGCUACCUUACAGAACUGAUGGAACAUUCAGAAAACGGUGCUGUCAUUGACCCAACCCUGCUCCAUUACAGCUUUGCAUUCUGCGCCUCUCACGUGCAUGGCAACAGGCCUGAUGGAAUUGGAACAGUUUCAAUGGAAGAAAAAGAGAGAUUUGAGGAGAUAAAAGAAAGACUCUCUUCCCUUUUAGAAAAUCAGAUAAGCCAUUUCAGAUACUGUUUUCCCUUUGGACGACCUGAGGGUGCUCUAAAAGCUACGCUUUCAUUACUCGAAAGGGUCUUAAUGAAAGAUAUUGCCACUCCCAUACCAGCAGAAGAGGUGAAAAAAGUGGUCAGAAAAUGUCUCGAGAAAGCUGCCUUGAUCAAUUACACCAGACUCACAGAAUAUGCCAAAAUAGAAGGCCCAGCAGAAAAGGAAGCAGAGACCAUGAACCAGGCAACUCCUGCCAGAAAGCUGGAAGAGGUCCUUCACCUAGCAGAGCUCUGCAUAGAAGUCUUACAGCAGAAUGAAGAGCAUCAUGCAGAGGCAUUUGCCUGGUGGCCCGAUUUAUUGGCAGAGCAUGCAGAGAAAUUUUGGGCUUUAUUCACAGUGGAUAUGGAUACUGCACUGGAGGCCCAACCACAAGACUCCUGGGAUAGUUUUCCUCUUUUCCAACUACUUAAUAAUUUCCUCAGAAAUGACACACUUUUACGUAAUGGAAAAUUUCACAAACACUUGCAAGAGAUCUUUGUGCCCUUGGUUGUUCGCUACGUGGAUCUCAUGGAGUCCUCCAUUGCCCAGUCAAUUCACAGAGGCUUCGAGCAAGAGACGUGGCAGCCUGUCAAGAAUAUCGCCAACAGUCUUCCCAAUGUAGCUCUUCCAAAAGUUCCAAGUCUGCCUCUUAAUCUUCCACAGAUUCCUAGCUUUUCUACUCCUUCGUGGAUGGCUUCUUUAUAUGAGUCCACCAAUGGCUCAGCAACAUCAGAAGACCUUUUUUGGAAACUUGAUGCACUGCAAAUGUUUGUCUUUGAUCUCCACUGGCCAGAACAAGAAUUUGCCCACCACUUAGAGCAAAGACUUAAACUAAUGGCCAGUGAUAUGAUAGAGGCCUGUGUCAAAAGAACAAGAACUGCAUUUGAACUCAAGCUGCAAAAGGCAAGCAAAACAACUGACUUGCGCAUUCCAGCUUCUGUGUGUACAAUGUUCAAUGUACUAGUCGAUGCCAGAAAGCAAAGCGCCAAACUUUGUGCCCUGGAUGGAGGACAAGAGUUUGGUAGUCAAUGGCAACAAUACCAUUCGAAGAUAGAUGAGUUGAUUGACAACAGUGUAAAAGAAAUCAUUUCACUGCUAGUUUCAAAGUUUGUUUCAGUGUUGGAAGGGGUGUUGUCUAAGCUGUCAAGAUAUGAUGAAGGCACUUUCUUUUCAUCCAUCCUGUCAUUCACUGUGAAAGCAGCUGCAAAAUAUGUUGAUGUUCCAAAACCAGGAAUGGAUCUGGCAGACACCUAUAUCAUGUUUGUUCGGCAAAACCAGGAUAUUCUUCGAGAAAAGGUCAAUGAGGAAAUGUAUAUAGAAAAGCUGUUUGAUCAAUGGUACAGCAGUUCCAUGAAAGUCAUUUGUGUCUGGUUGGCUGAUAGAUUAGACCUUCAGCUUCAUAUUUACCAACUGAAGACGCUCAUCAAGAUUGUGAAGAAAACCUAUAGGGACUUCCGACUUCAGGGUGUGUUAGAAGGCACACUGAACAGUAAGACCUACGAUACUCUGCACAGACGUUUAACAGUCGAGGAGGCUACAGCCUCCGUCUCGGAAGGAGGAGGACUUCAGGGCAUCACCAUGAAAGACAGUGAUGAAGAAGAAGGCUAAUAACUCCCAGCUCUGUGGGAGGAAGGAGGACCUUGACAUUAUUUUGUACCCUGUCCUUGUAAUUACAUUGAUUGUUUGGACCAAAUAAAAAAAUGCUGGUAUUUCACUCCACAUUGUAAAGAGUGAACCUGGAAGCAGAGUUAAAGGGGAAAAUGGCAAGUUUCUUGGUUUGGGGGGAUUUUUAAAGAUUUAGUCUCUUUUGUGUAGUUUGACCUAAAAUGAGCUUUGGCUUUGUGAUUGGAACAUAACUUUUUGGUUUUUUUGGAAGAUUUGACUUUUCCGUCUGUAAUUACAUCAAAGUAGUGUCCUGUGUGUGAAAUGAGAUAUGUAUUUCUCAUAAUGUGACAUUGUGAGAAGAAGCUACUUGGAUCACUGUGCCAGCUCUAUUGUGCCCUUGUUAAAGUGGUGUGUAUUUAAUAGUUUAUCAUUUAUGUGUGAGGGUUUUUUUUUUUUUGUAGUUAAUUUGCCAUUGUUGUGAUGUGUGUAAAAACUUUUUAACCUCUGUUCUUAGUAUUCUGAGUUCAUCUGCAGGCUUCAAGGACUGCCAAACCCAAAUAUAGACUAGACUAUCCAU